GGGCAAUACAGUGACAGGGGAAUACUCGCUGCGAAAUGACACGCUUUGUCGAAAUUGUGUGAACCCUUAGCCUUAGCCAGUCCGAGCUGGUUGCCAUGCAACGAGCAGGACAUCAGCGGCAUGGCUGUCUGAAAGCGUUCGUUUGGCGUAUGCUUGGCGACACCUUUGGGGAGUCCUUCUUGGAUUUGUACUGGCCGUUGGACAAGCUGCACUGUGCCAUCUACGUUUGCUUUUUGGUCUCCUUCUGUUAUGCCUUUCUUUGGCUGUCCAGAUUUGCACAGCUUCAGUGUGGCGUCUAUCGCAUCUUUGGGGGUUCAACGGCCAAUUGCAGCUUUGAGGUGAUCGGUUGUUUGGUGUAUCUUUGGAUGGCCUUCCUGUCUUUGAAGUUGAUUUGGUAUUACGACGACCUCAAUGGGGAUCGUUACCGUCAGCUCAAGGCCUCAUUUUUUAAAUCCUUUUUAGCACUGCUCAGUAACUUGCAGAGUGCAAAGAAGACGAUCCACAUGCUCCACGAAACCAUGAGGGAAGUCCAAGACUCUGCGUACCGGUCACAGGUUCAACCUGCGGUAAAUAUGCUACGGGUCUGCAAGAAGCGUGACUUCACAGGCUGCAGUGGUCUCGAGGAUGCCGUGGUCACAUUUUUGUCAAGCUUGUACCCGCAGUCCGAGGAGACGAGGAGACGGUUGCGGCGUGAACUGCCAAACAUUGGCGAGGCAAAUCUGUCCAAGAACCUCUCUGAGGACAUCAUCAAGCAGUGGCAAGUCUUUCAUGAUGCGAAGAGAAGCUCCCUGGAGGCCUGUCAAAAAGGCAGAGGCCUUCGCAUAGAGAGUGCCCAUACCCUGGAGGAGGUCAAAACUUUAGGUUCACAUGGAGAGGUGAAGAGUAUGCAGCUCUAUGUGCAGAAAGAGAACUCAUUGGAGGAGAUUGAGCUGGACUUUGAUGUAGCCAACGAAGAGGUACGGCGAGAGGCUUUGCUCAGAAAAUGGACUGAAAGAAUGGAGAAAUCCAGACGGCUCAACCCAGAUAGCACUCAUCGGCAAUCAUUCCAUGCGCUAAUCUCCGACAGCAAGCCAGUUGAGGGUGACUUCUCCUUGCUGCCGAUGUGUGGCCUGCAUCGUUUGCGCUGCUGCCUUCCCAGCAUUUGUUAUCACAUUCCGCGGUGCUUGCAGAGAUGCACAUACCGGAGGGAUCAGCUGCCGCUUCUUGAACGUCCGCAGUAUGAUGAUAGAAGGUGUUCUCUUGGUCUUUGCUUUGUGAACUUGGUAUCUCCACUCCAAGAGCAAUUGCUCACGACACUUUGUUUCGCCUCAGCUUCCUUCCUAUUUAAUUUGGCAACAGUCGUUGUUGGAUCUUUGGAUGGUUGCCAAACGGACAUACUUCCAUGUGGCGUGUUGUUGUUUCAACGAAGCCUCAGUGUUUUUUGCACAUUGGUUUUCAUGGCUUCCACGGUCUACUGCCUUAAGCGAAAUAAUUUCAAAUGUUUGGAGCCCUUGGUGACCUUGUUCGAGAUGACUUCCGCACUGGAGAAGCUGGCUCGACAGGCAGAGGACUUCCAGGAGGUUCUUGGAAGCACCGAUGAGAUUUGCCAGAAGAUCCGUGCCACGGAAAAAGCCAAGGAAGCACCCUUGAAGUUCCUCACAAGUUUCUCUGACAGCCAUGGUCGCGAUGACGAGGAUCAGAUGAAAAAGGAUGUGGAAGGGUUCUUAAGUGCGAUUGAAGCGCAGUGUUGACAAUUGUACAGCAACUAGGAGCUGUGCGUCGCAAACGAUGCCAAUCCUGCGCAGUGUUUGGACGCCAGCUAGCAAAAGUUGCCUUGAAUGGGACAGCAGGUGACAGCUUCUUACAACACUCUUGCGUCUUCCAAAAGAGCUUGCCACUCAUGAG